AGUUUACGUUUGGCUCCUUACCGGGCGCUUAUCGUGGCCGUGCGUCCCCACUACCUCCAAGAAUAGACCGACGACGACGACGGCCGUCGCGGAGAAGAUACUACCCACCCUCUUGAUGAUGCUAAAUGCGGAUACCGAAGAAAAUUUGCGGUAGCUUAGAGCGAUUCUAAAAAUGUUUUAAAUUCUAACAACUAAUUGUUCCGGACAUUUAUCUUUACUUUUUAGAUUGGGAAUUUUCGUGGUAUGAAACGCAGCCUUGAAUGACGGUCAUCAACCACAACUUUCAAUUGAAAAUGUGUACAAACAAAUCGUGAUUAUUCAAUAAAUAAGGAGUCAUUCGCAACGACCUUGAAUGUCGUUCAAUUUAUACCAUAUAUAGUAAAAAAAAACAAAUGUGUCAUAAAACAACCGAAAACCACGUCGUGUUAUACUUUAUAUCAAACGUUUCGUCUUGAUAAGUAUCUAAAUUCUUCUUUAAAAGACUUUUUAUCAACGUGGGGUCGAGAAUAUUCGAUAAUUAGCGCACAUUUGCCUGUUUUGUUUAGGUUAGUGGGACACAACGGCAUCGAACAUCUUGUACAAUGCCAUAUAUACUUUCGCUUUUUACGGUUUCCAUUUUAUUAUAUCUGAUUGAAAAUACCAUAAACAAUAUCAGUGCCGUAUCAGGGUGUUUAUAUAUUCGAUCGACAACAUGCUGCAUCAAAAUUAUUUGAUCAAUAAAUUUCGUGUGUUUGAUUUAUAAUUUGGCUAGUUUAUUAAUUUAUUUUUUAUUGCAAUAAUUCCCUGAACAACCAUUCAUCCAUUUUGACGUGCGCGAGUUAAAUCAAAUCCGGGCACAGUCUUGCUGACUUUGCGACGCGCUAGAGGUCGUAAUUUUUCUCGAAAAUAAAAAAUGAAAAAACGAAUUUGUAGGUCUGAACACGCUCUACAAGUUUUGUAUAAGACAUUUUUUGAUAUAUUCCACGAGAAAAAAGGAAAUAGCGAAAAAUAAUUUUUUCUCCCCAGAUUUACGGAUUUUUUUAACGAUAUCUCGAUAACUAUGAUAGGUACGUGAAAAAUGUAUUAGACCUUAAUUGUAGAUCGUACAAAGAGCAACAAAAAAGUAUGGAAUGAAAAUUUUUGUAUCUCAACGGGGAACCGAGUUAUGAUGAAAAAACUGAAUUUAACCCUUUUUUCAAGAUGGCGGAAGACUUAAAAAAAGUCGAAACGUCAAAUUUUAUCUUUUAUCCUAAAAUCAUGAUCAUUUAGAUGCAUUAAAUGAUUCAUUUUGAUACAGGAAUACGAACUGAGAUACAGGGUGAUCAAAAUCAAAAAUUUGUCAUAAAUCAAGAAAUUUUUUUUCAAAUUUGGUGGCUUCACAGUCGCCAUUUCACUCACAGCUGGAAGUGACAGAAAAUGGCGGCCUAUUGCCGCGAGAGAUCUAGCGGCCGCUUCUGGAACCAUCACCGCCUGCCUACUCUUGUAAAACAUUAAAAAAAAAACUUUGAAACUUUGAAAUUGUACAGCCGUUAUUAUAAUACAUUUUAAAAUGUAAAUAGUCGAGUAAAAUGUACCUGCCUGUUGGGGCGUUUGGUUUAAACAGGGUACCAGACGCGAAUUGAUCCCUUUUUGUACCCCAUUUUCUGGAAAACGAAAUUUCAAAGCAAAAACCAUAAAGACUUUCAAUAACGGUAACCAAUUCUUUGUUUGUUGUGCCUUUUUUACGGUCUUAAGGAGCUGCUAAAUAAAUAAAUCUCACUAAGCCACGCCACUGCUUAUCCCAGACUGUCUGACAGGAAUAUUUCGAAGAAAUUGUGUACGUGCAGCUUUACGGUUCGAUGUUUUCAUUGGUAAACAGAGUCCAAGUGGACUGACGUUGUGUUUGAUAUUUAAUUUGGUUUGAGGCCGUUGAAUUGAAUGACCCUUCCAACAUUUUCUUGAAUAUAAAUACCAAGCUUCCUAACUAACUAACCUAUAAUUUUUUUGUACUAUUUUUCGAUCAAACGUCGUAUAUAUAACUUUUUAAAUAAUAUUCUUAUUAUGGUAUGUAGUUCAUUUAUUUCUAAGGUCAUGGUGAGCUGGUUUUUUUACUGAAUACAAUAAAAUAAACCAGAAACUACGUUUAUCGAACGCACUAGGCUUCUAUUUCGAACUUUUUAUAAAACCAUUAUCGUCUCACAUUUAUUUAUAACAAGAAGAAAACGGGAAUUAAUUAAAUUCCCUUCUACUCUGGAUCCAUAUUAUCUUUUAAUUUAACAACUUAAUACUUCAAGUUUCGAGAUAUGGCAACCCUGUAUAGUUGAAAUCUGACAUUGCCAUGCACUCAGAACGUUUUAUCGUACAAGUACUGUUUGAGUUGUAUACAGAUAAUUAAAACUAGAAUUAAUAUUUUCUAUUACUUUCGACGUGAAUUAAAUCAACAGCCGAUCAACUCUCUUCGACUUUUGGUGAUGAAGCACUUCAAAUAAAAACGUUUUUGAACAGUCAAAACAUCGAAUCGAUGAGUCAUGGUUUGACACUCUUAUUACCAUAGAUAAAAAAUAAAUUGCGAGUUUAACGUUUUUCUGUUGAGAAGAAGCGAUCGAUGAGUUAAAUUAUUGGUUAACAGGUAUAUUGAUCUUAAUAAAAACUGCCCAUAUUUGAACGAAUGAAUGAAUCAGAUUAAUAUAGUGAAUAUAAAAGUGAAUUGAAAUCGAAUGAAUAUGAUUAGAGAACAUUUUGAGGUUCACUGUUCGAUGUAGACUUGAGUAAUUUUGGUGGGGGAUAGGGGAACGAUGGGAUAGGAGUAGGUAGAAGUGGCAGCGAUGCUUUUUCGAGCGUCGGGACGCUUGUAGCUUUUAGGACAGCGUCAACCUCCGGUCGUCCUCAGGCACAGAGGCCCUUUGUUUUUCGAUUGAAUCAGCGAGAAAAGAACCAGCGCCACCAUGGACGCGAUCAAAAAGAAAAUGCAAGCGAUGAAGCUUGAAAAAGACAAUGCGGCCGAUAAGGCCGAUGCGAUGGAGGGUCAGUACAAGGAUGCUAACGCACGCGCAGAAAAAAUCAAUGAGGAAGUACGCGAUCUCCAAAAAAAACUCGCCCAAGUCGAGAACGAUCUUUUAACGAGCAAACAAAGUCUCGAAGACGCCAAUCAAGAUCUGGAAAACAAGGAGAAACAAUUAACUCAAGCCGAAUCUGAAGUAGCUGCCCUCAAUCGUAAAGUACAACUCAUCGAAGAGGAUUUGGAACGGUCCGAGGAACGUUUGGCCACGGCUACCACUAAAUUGGCGGAAGCUUCUCAAGCUGCCGAUGAAAGUUCACGUAUGUGCAAGGUACUGGAAAACCGUUCUCAACAAGAUGAAGAACGUAUGGACCAACUGACUAACCAAUUGAAAGAAGCCCGUCUAUUGGCUGAAGACGCCGAUAACAAAUCCGAUGAAGUAUCCCGUAAACUGGCCUUCGUUGAAGACGAACUCGAAGUAGCCGAAGAUCGUGUCAAGGGUGGAGAUGCCAAGAUUAUGGAAUUAGAAGAAGAAUUGAAAGUAGUCGGUAAUUCUCUCAAAUCUCUCGAAGUAUCCGAAGAAAAGGCCAACCAAAGAGUAGAAGAAUUCAAAAAACAACUCAAGAGUCUCACUGUUAAACUAAAGGAAGCGGAAGCUCGUGCUGAAUUCGCAGAGAAGACCGUUAAGAAAUUGCAGAAAGAAGUUGACAGACUUGAAGACGAACUUGGUAUCAACAAGGACAGGUACAAAUCUCUCGCCGACGAAAUGGACUCCACUUUCGCCGAACUUGCUGGUUAUUAGGAAAAAUCUUCAAUUUCCAGGACAAUUUCUACCGUGUCCUGUGUCACAUACGCACAAUAAUAUACUAAUUUAUUUAUAUAUUGUACUUGGAAACAUUGCGAAUGAAAAGUUACACAUACUAAUUUGUGAGCUUUGAUGUAUCGUAUUUCUAGUCCUAUUUAAGCCCUUCAAUUGAUUUAAAUAAAAAUACAUUGUAUCAUA